CGCAGGCGGGCGCGGGAAAUUUGUAUAGUGUGAUUUUUGGGCAAUCGGAGGGACGACUGACGUCAAUUUUUGGUGUUGCUGUCAUACGAGUUUACGUAUGGUUUAAUUCGGUUACAAUGCCUAUUUCAACUGACUAUUCUCCUGAAACGCUGGUCGAUGUGUUACCAAUCUAUUAUAAAAGGCUUUUUCCUUACUCACAAUUCUACAAAUGGCUCGCUUAUGGAAAUGUUGAUAAGCAGUACUUCAGUCAUCGGGAAUUCUCCUUCACCUUGGCGGAUGACAUAUACCUGCGUUAUCAAAGCUUCAAGGACCAGCAGGAGAUGGAAAAAGAGAUUCAACUGCGCUGCCCUCACAAAAUAGAUAUUGGCGCUGUCUAUUCUUUUAGGCCAAAGGAUCAUCGCACAGUGCCUGUCUUCACACCCCUGCAGAAGGAACUGGUCUUUGAUAUUGACAUGACAGACUAUGAUGAGAUUCGGAGUUGUUGCUCUGGGGCGGCCAUCUGCACCAGAUGCUGGCGAUUUAUGACGAUAGCUGUUAAAGUUCUCGACGCGGCUCUUAGAGAGGACUUUGGUUACGAACACAUCUUGUGGGUGUACAGUGGGCGCCGUGGUGUGCAUUGUUGGGUGUGUGACGCGGCCGCCAGACAGCUCUCACAGGCCGCCCGCACAGCACUUGCCGAGUACCUGCAGGUGGUGCGCGGCGGAGAAAAUCUGACCAAGAAAGUAUCUUUGAACAGCCUUCAUCCAUCCUUAAAACGAGCAUACCAGCUAUCACAGAGCGACCUCGCGUGCGUGCUGGAGGAGCAAAAUCUUGGCGAUGCCGUGUUGGCUCUCUUACCGGAGUCCUCGGUUAGGGGGGAGCUCAAGACAGCAUUUCAGAAGUGCUCUUCAGGAGCACAAAUGCUGGCAACACUUGAGGCACAUCUUGAAGACCUGCAUCUUAGUAAGGCUGGUUACAAGAAAGGUCUACGCCCCAUGUUAUUGUACGAGAUCGCAUUGCAGCUUUGCUAUCCACGUCUUGACAUCAAUGUCAGCAAGGGCCUGAACCAUCUCCUCAAGAGCCCCUUCUGCGUGCACCCAAAGACUGGGCGCGUAUGCGUGCCCUUCUCCGCCAGAGACGUGGAUUCAUUCAAUCCAGAAGACGUCCCCACCGUCAACAAGCUGAUCUCAGAGUUGGACGCUUGGGAGGGUAGCGACGCAGCGGGCGCACACUACAAGCGCACCUCUCUUGCCGCAUACGUCUCCAUCUUUGACAAGUUCCUUGCUGGUCUGGCCCUGGAGAACACGGCCCUCAGGAGGGACAAAAACGAUGAACUAAAAGAGUUCUAGGUGUGCUUCUCUGUCCGAAACCGGCUCCAUUGUCUUCGGAUUAAUGCGGUUUUAUGUGCCGCCUGUGUUCAUUAAAGAACAUUAAAGCUUCUUAAUUAUCACAAUUGCUCACCCGGUUUAUUUGACUCGGUAAUGAGAUGAAUUAGAAACUACGUUUACGCCUGGAAACUGCCUUGUCCUUCUUUUGGUUUUGAGGAUCUUUCCACUUCCUAUCUACUAAAUCAAAUAAAUAUUGAGCUGUGAUAUGAUACGUUGGUGGACUGACCCAUUUCCGGCUUCUAGUAAGAAAAAUGUAACGUAUGAAGACUUUUUCGGUGUGGCCAAUGUUAAGUGUGUGUCGUGUAAUUAAUGUUAGGAUUGGCGGAGUGAAAAGAUGCAAUCAAACGUCUUAGACGUGACCCAGCAGCGAUGCUCAUGCCUGCUGGUGUGGAAGUCAAUUUCUCUUAUAGGUUAAUUUUGGAGUGCAUGUUUACCCAGUUGUGUGUUUUGUUUAUUCCGGUCAGUGGCUGAGGAUGUUGUCUGGCCGCUCCGUGGAGUUGUGUGACUCAUGAAAAUGUUUCUAUGAGCCAAGACUUGAGUUUGCGUGUAGUGCUAUUCUUGUGUGGCGUUUUAAUUGUCAUUGAUAUGAUAUUACUUACAUGAUAGUAGAGAGCUCCAAUUAUAGCUUUACAGGUUUAAGUAAGUUUGUGAUUUUUAUUGUUCACAAAUCUAAAGUGCAUUCCGCACAUUAAAUUCUUAAUACAAUUUUGCAAGCAUUUGA